ACCCGGAAGAGAGAUUGUUUAGCAGCCAUGAAGAUGACGGGAGAAAACAGAGCUGAGGGCUCUGAAGUAACAAUGGAUGACGUGAAGAACCUUAUUAAAAAGAAAGAUGAAAUUGAAGAGCAGAUAAAGGCUUACCACGACGUUUUAGAAGACCAAGGUGUCGGAGUUGAGGGUCCCCUGGUUGACGCUGAGGGUUAUCCCCGAGCAGAUGUUAAUUUGUACACGAUCAGGGACGCGAGGCACAAUAUUUCAUGCCUACAAAAUGACCACAAAGCCAUCAUGGCAGAGAUAGAAGAAGCUCUGCACAAGCUCCACGCUAGAGAGAAAGCCAAGCGGGAAAGAGACGAGGCAGAAAGCCAGGAGGAGCUGAUGGAGGAGCAGGCCACCCUGCCUCCUCCCUUUGCUCGAGUGGAUGCUGUCACAUUCGGCUCACCUGCUUCUGGAGCUGGGCUCAAAGUAGGAGAUGAAGUCAUUGAGUUUGGCUCUGUGAACACAAACAACUUUCAGAACCUGCAGAAUAUUGCUGCAGUGGUGCAACACAGUGAAGGAAAACCUUUACGGGUCGCUGUGAUCAGAGAUGGCCAAAAGGUUCAGAUGAGCCUGACUCCACAGCGGUGGUCCGGCAGGGGCCUGCUAGGGUGUAACAUUGUUCCAGUCCAGCGAUAAUCCACACAACCGUAUUCCAGAUUUAAACCCGUGUAUCUCCUGAGUGUUUUCUACUCUGUACAGUUGGGAUCUAUUUCCAUUUUUCAGUUUCCUAAUGAAAAUCUUGAACACUUUCUCCAUACAAUGACUAAGAAUGGAAUAUGUCAAAGUUCAAGUGCUGCAGCAAAGGGGGUCACACUGAAACUAUGAUUAAGGUCUGCAUACAUUCUUCUGCACAAGUUUAAAGAGACCUGCUUUUGGAUUGAAGUUUCUUUUCUCUCGGGAGGAUGAAAGAUGGUCAUGGUUAUUAAAGAUGGGAUGCUUUAGGCAGUAAUUCUUAUUUUUCUGGUUGAAUAAAUAGUUUCCUUGAAGAAAACAAGUGAGAAACAUUUUGACUUGUAUGAAGUGAUGAUUUUUUGCAAUAAAUACAUUUUAUUCAAUCUCA